UUUCUGGCUUCACUUGUUGGCGUCUCUUUUGCGCGCACACAGAGGAGGAGGAGGGACACAGAAAAUGGCGGACGGUGUUGACCACAUCGAUAUUUACGCUGAUGUUGAAGAGGAGUUUAAUAAUCAGGAAUCAGAUUAUCCUGUUCAUGAGCAGAUUGACCUAUAUGAUGAUGUAAUUUCACCAUCUGCCAAUAAUGGGGAUGCACCUGAAGAUCGAGAUUACCUGGAUGCCCUACCUGCACCUGGAGGCGCUGAGGGUACCAAAGGGGCUCCGCCAAAUGUCGUCUACACUUACACUGGCAAAAGAAUUGCUCUGUACAUAGGCAACCUCACAUGGUGGACCACUGAUGAGGAUUUGACAGAUGCUAUUCGUUCGAUAGGCAUAAAUGAUGUGCUGGAGAUCAAGUUUUUUGAGAACAGAGCAAAUGGGCAGUCAAAAGGAUUUGCUCUGGUUUGCGUGGGUUCAGAUGCCUCGUCCAGGAAGCUAAUGGAUCUGUUGUCAAAGCGUGAACUGCACGGACAGAACCCACUCGUCACCCCAUGCAACAAGCAGUCGCUCAGCCAGUUUGAGAUGCAGUCGCGAAAAAGUGAGCAAGGUACACAGUCAGGACAGAUGUCUGGAGAGGGUAAAGCUGGGCCUCCAGGUGGGGGGCUGCGUGCUGGCUUUCCCCCUGGCAGGGGUCGAGGGCGCUUUCCAGGCCCACCUGGAGGUGGAGGUGAUCGUUUUCCUGGGCCAGUUGGUCCUGGUGGGCCGCCUCCACACUUCCCAGGCAUGCAAGGACCACCCCGUCCUCCCUCUGGCCCUCCUGGGCCACCAGGACCCCCUGGCCCUCCACCACAUGGACAAGGUCUGAUGCCUCCUCUCGGUGGACCUCCUAACCGAGGGGACCGUCCCCCUCCACCAGUCAUGUUUCCCGGUCAGUUUGGUCAACCUCCAAUGGGUCCUAUGCCACCUGGACCACCCCCACCAGGCUAUUGCCCGCCACCAGGACCACCUCCCCCUCAACAGGGUCCGCCGCCUCCUGGGCCAUUUCCUCCCCGUCCUCCUGGACCCUUAGGACCCCCUCUUGGCCUCGCUCCCCCACCUCACAUGCAGGGACCUCCACCUGGAGGUCCACCACCUGCUCCUCACGUCAACCCGGCCUUCUUUCCUCCACCUGGAAACAACAACAUGCCAUCGUCUGACAACAGAGGGCCUCCACCUGGAGAUCCGUACGGCCGCCCACCAUAUGACAGGGACUAUGGCCCUGGUGGCAGGGAUAUGGAUGCAGCUCGUACUCCCCUGAGCGAAGCAGAGUUUGAGGAAAUCAUGAAUCGAAACAGAGCAAUCUCCAGCAGUGCCAUUUCCAGGGCCGUAUCAGAUGCCAGCGCAGCUGAUUACGGCAGUGCUAUAGAGACUCUGGUGACGGCCAUUUCUUUGAUCAAGCAAUCGAAGGUUUCUGCUGAUGACCGCUGCAAGGUUCUCAUCAGUUCGUUGCAGGACUGCUUACAUGGAAUUGAGUCCAAAUCCUAUGGAUCUGUUUCCAGUAGGCGGGAAAGGUCGAGGGAGAGAGACCACAGUCGCUCUCGUGAGAAGAGCCGCCGUCACAAGUCUCGCAGCCGUGACCGUCAUGAAGACUAUUACAGGGAGCGCAGUCGGGAGAGGGAUCGCCAUCGUGAGCGUGACCGUGAGAGAGACAGAGAGCGCGAGCGGGAAUAUCGCCACCGUUAGUUGGAGAGGAAGCUGAACGCAAGAGGAGGAGCAGUGACGCCAGGAGCGACGCAGAUUCAUCCGACAGCGCCCCAUCAUCUCGGAGACUCCAGGCCGGACUCCGGAUAAACUCUGCAACGCUAAAGUUGUGUAAAAUAUUCUAUACUCUUAAUUCCCAACAGCUUUUUAUUUUUUACCUUUUAUUUGAAAGUAGUUGUGUGCAAGUAAGUUCAGCUAUACGAUGAAAGAAACGCUUGCCUGCUCUAUUCUAAAUACACAAAACAACUUUCAGGCUCUACUAUAAUGUGUAAAUUGUCAGUUAGCUAGAUUUGUUUUUAUAGGCAUUUUUGUUUUUCUCUUUUUCACCUUGUCCAUGUUUGUGUCUUCUGCAUUGAUUAUUAAAUAGAUUGUGUUGUAAUAAAGUGUGCAUUGGGGUUGCUGCUUAUUCAUAUUGAAUUUCCUUAGCAUUUUAAUGUAGAGUUUUGGGUUGGACCACAGACUCGAAUGUUUACAUUUUAGUUUUUGCUGUAAAAAUGGCUCUGUGGUUUCUGCAGUUCGCCCUUUUGAUCCAUUACUGUGCCUUUUCCAGUAAAGUCAUUACAUGGUUUCACAAUUUGGAGGUUAAUUACUAAAAUACUUAUUUCUUUUUUGUAAUCAUGAGAUUAUCAAGGAAAUACUCAUUCAAAAGGUGUGCCAUUUGGUCAACAUUAACAUAUCAAAGUGUUAUUAGAACUCGCAUGAGUGUAGAUCUGUCAAAUUUUCUCCCUGUCAAUUCGUUUUUUCUUUUGCAUUUGUAAUUGGAUUUUUAAUGGCUCUAUGUCAGAAACUUCAUUGGUCCAUGUGCAAAAAGUUAAACAAUUCCUCAUGUUCGUGUGUGUGUGUGCAGACCAAGAUGUCAUGGAAAAGCCUCAAUUAUCUUUGAAUGAAUGUAGUACAUUUAUAUUAGUUAGAUUAAUAAGCUUUUAUUGUUGCAAACAGAAUUUCACUCAUUGUGUCAGUUUUUCUAAAUGUUUGACCUUAUAAACAAAACAUUUUUACACUUAAAGUAUAAAAACUAGUUUUUUUUUAAACCGUUUGGAUUGCUAAAAUCUGAUGUUUUACAAAUAAGCUUAUUUUAAAGAUGUUAAAUAAACUAAUCUUAAAGGUAAAGUACUCAUUUGAAGUCCCUCAGAUGUUUUGAACGUUUAAAUGCCUUUACAUGCAAUGUCACUGACUUCUGUGUGUCUGUUUGGGUGAAAAUGUGGAUCAUAUAUCCCUCAUGUUUGAAAGUUUCAGUGGAAUCAUAUGAAUAGUUCAAGGUUUAAAAAAAUAUUGUUCAAAAGUGCUGCUUAACGUUGAAAGAGGAUUUUAGUGUUCAUGCAGCCAGUUUCGAGUUGGAAACUACAUGCGUGUGUCUGCUCGUCCUUAAACUCACAGCCAUCUGGACUAAGAGGUAAGUUUGCCUUGUUUUUUGUUUUUUAGAUGAGCUCUUAAAAUUGCACUGAUUUUGUAUUCACAUACAAAUUGCCUUUUCCUGCUUUGACAAAGUUCACAGGCUAAAUGUCAAUUUCUCAGGGAUGUUUUUCCUAAUUGUUCAUGGUUGAAUAAUAUGAUUCAGUCCACUACAUGCAUGCUUAAUGUGGUCUACCAAAUGUAUCCUCUCGAUAGUAUACAUUUAGAGAGGAAUUAAAACUUUUCAAAUAUUUUGCAAGUCAAUAAAUCUUUUCAAACUAGA